AUGGACCCUUUAGGAGCCCGGUCCCAGUUUGUGGACGUCCAGACUCUCCCCACGUGGCAGCAGCAGAUCGAUGACAAUGACCUCCAGUUUAUACACGAGCACAACGACAGUCUGGACAGUCAGCUGGCCUUCCCCUCGCCGUUCCCCUUCAGGCCCGACAUCAGCCGCAAGAUUAUCCUCCAUGUUGGAGAAGUAGCUUCACUGAACUGCACGGCCAUCGUCAACACCAGCAACGAGUCUCUGAGCGAGAAGAACCCAGUGUCGGACACGGUGCACCUCCUGGCAGGACCCGAGCUCCGAGAGGAACUCCCCAAACUCAAAGGAUGCCGCACAGGAGAAGCCAAACUGACCAAAGGCUUUAACCUGGCGGCGCGCUUCAUCAUUCACACUGUGGGGCCGAAGUACAAGGCCAAGUACAGGACGGCUGCAGAGAGCUCCCUCUACAGCUGCUACAGGAACAUCAUGCAACUGGCUGCUGAGCAGUCGAUGGCUUCUGUGGGUGUGUGUGUCGUCAGUACCAUGAAAAGAGGGUAUCCCCUGGAGGAGGCCACGCACAUCGCUCUGAGGACAGUGCGGAGGUUUCUGGAGAAUCACGGGAACAGUAUCGAAACUGUCGUGUUUGCAGUUUCAGAAACGGAGGAGGCCGUGUUCAGGAAGCUGCUGCCGAUGUACUAUCCUCGCUCUGAAGAAGAGGAGAGGGUCUUCCUGCCCAUGAUUCCCGCUGACAUCGGCAACUCUGAGGGUGAACCCGUGGUCCCAGAGCGGCAGAUCCGGAUCGCAGAGAAACCCGGGACUUUAGAAGAGGACUCGGACACUGAGGAAAGCCUGGAGCUGGACUUGGGGCAGGUCGGGACUCACGCCUUCGCCCGAAUGGAAGGCGACGUGGACAAACAGCGAAAACUCAUUCUCCAGGGCCAGACGUCUGAGGCCGCGGCGCAGAAACAGCACCAGAGGAAUUACAAUCGCUGGUUGUGUCGAGCUCGAGCUGAAGAUCUGUCCGACAUUGCUGCUCUGAAAGCCUUGUAUCAGACAGGUGUGGAUCUGUGCGGUCGGACCGUCAUGGUUCUGGUCGGACGGAACAUCCCGGUUCAUCUCAUAGACAUUGAAAAAGCCUUAUUGUACUUCAUCCACAUCAUGGACCACAUCACAGCAAAGGAGUUCGUGGUUGUUUACUUCCACACGCUGACGGCCGAGCACAACCACCUGGACGCAGACUUCCUCAAGAGCCUCUAUGACAUCGUGGACGCCAAGUGA